AUGGAGCAGCAGGAGCUGGGCGCCACUUUUGACGACGGCAUGGACUCGUUCUUGGAAAAGUUCCAGAGUCAGCCUUACCGUGGCGGCUUCCACGAGAGCCAGUGGGAGGAGGAAUUUGAAAAGAUUCCUCUGUUUAUGAAGAACUCGCCAUCAGAAAUUGAUCCCCUGGAGAAUCCUGACUUGGCCUGCCUGCAGUCAAUUAUUUUUGAUGAAGAGCGAUCUCCAGAAGAUCAGGCCAGGACUUACAAAGAUGAGGGCAAUGAUUUCUUUAAAGAAAAAGACUAUAAGAAAGCUGUUACUUCAUACACUGAAGGAUUAAAGAAGAAAUGUGCAGACCCCGAUUUGAAUGCUGUUCUUUAUACCAAUCGGGCAGCAGCACAAUACUAUCUGGGCAAUUUUCGUUCUUCUCUCAAUGAUGUGAUGGCUGCCAGAAAGCUAAAACCCUGCCACCUCAAAGCAAUAAUAAGAGGUGCCUCUUGCCAUCUGGAACUGAAAAACUAUGUUGAGGCUGUGAACUGGUGCGAUGAGGGGCUGCAGAUAGAUGCCACAGAGAAGAAGCUUCUGGACCUGAGGGCUAAAGCAGACAAGUUGAAGCGAACUGAACAGAGGGAUAUAAGGAAAGCAAAGUUGAAAGAAAAGAAGAAGCAGGAUCAGAAUGAGGCUUUACUCCAGGCCAUCAAGGCUAGGAAUAUCAAGCUAGUUGCUGAAGCUCCUGGAGAGGAUGAAGACUCAGCCUCAGAAGGUCUCAGUGAGCUUGUCCUGUAUGGCCUCAGCUCUGAAAACCCCUGUGGAACCAGGCUGAGUGUGGAUGACCAGGGAAGACUGAGCUGGCCUGUGCUCUUUCUGUACCCGGAGUAUGCCCAGUCGGACUUGGUCUCUGCUUUUCACGAGGACUCCAGGUUUAUUGAUCAUCUAAUGGUGAUGUUUGGUGAAACACCAUCUUGGGAUUUAGAGCAAAAAUACUGCCCUGAUAAUUUAGAGGUCUACUUUGAGGAUGAGGACAGGGCAGAACUCUACUGCGUGCCUCCCAGUAGCACCCUGCUGCAGGUGCUACAGCACCCCAGGUACUUUGUAAAAGCCCUGAUACCAACAUUUUUGGUUUGUGUAGGAUCCUCUGGUUUUUGUAGGAAUUAUCUCCGGGGGAAAAAGGUACACCAGGUAAAGUGA